AUGAAGCGGCCCAGGGAGCCGAGCGGCUCCGACAGCGAGUCCGACGGACCCAUCGACGUGGGCCGCGAGGGCGAGCUGAGCCCGGCCUGCGGAGGGGAGGCCGGACGUGGUGCGGGGCUGGGGCCUUCUGGGGAGGCCAGGCAGUGUCCCGAGAGUCCGAGAGGGGCCUGUGACCCAGAUGCCGCCUCCCCCUCGCCCCCGGCCGCGCUGCGUGGGAGGAGGCGGCAGCUGCAGGCUCGGCGGAGGGCGGGCGGCCGGCGCGCCCGGCCCGUGGGAAGCGGCGGCAUCUGCUUUUUCCACGCUCGUUCCCAGCGGCUCUCUCUGAAACCCAACCCGCCGGCCCGGCCCCCGCCGCCGCCGGCCCGUGCCCUCGCCCGCCCCGCCCGGGGAUCGGGUUGCAGGAGCCGGGCGGCCGGGCUGCGGUUCCCGACGCCCGCCGAACGCAGCGAGGGGCGAGAGGCAGGGGGCAGGGGGCGAGGCCGAGCAGGUCGGGCCGAGCAGGCAAGCCCCCCGACUCUGGGGCAGGAAACCGAGUGUAGGGGAGGACUUGACCCAGGGAGAAAUGGGCCCCCAGGGAGAAGGGGAGAGAGUGUCCCCACCCACGCCUGCCCUGCGCCUUUUCCCGGCCUCGCCUCGGAGACCAAGGCCGCCUGGGAGGGGGCUGUGCCCGCCCACAGCCCGGCCUCCGAGAUCAUAGAGAAACGGCGCCGCGACCGCAUCAACAGCAGCCUGUCUGAAUUGCGGCGUUUGGUCCCCACUGCCUUCGAGAAGCAGGGCUCCUCCAAGCUGGAGAAAGCCGAGGUCCUGCAGAUGACGGUGGAUCACUUGAAAAUGCUCCACGCCACUGGUGGUGCAGGAUUCUUUGACGCCCGAGCCCUGGCAGUCGACUUCCGGAGCAUUGGUUUUCGGGAGUGCCUCACCGAGGUCAUCAGGUACCUGGGGAUCCUGGAAGGGCCCAGCAGCCGUGCAGACCCUGUGCGGAUUCGCCUUCUCUCCCACCUCAACAGCUAUGCAGCUGAGAUGGAGCCUUCGCCCACGCCCGCCGGCCCCCUGGCCUUCCCUGCCUGGCCCUGGUCCUUCUUUCAUAGCUGUCCAGGGCUGUCAGCCCCAAGCAGCCAGCUAGCCAUCCUAGGAAGAGUGCCCGGCCCCGUCCUCCCCAGCGCCUCCUCACUUGCUUACCCCAUCCCAGCCCUCCGAACCGCUCCCUUGCGCAGAGCCACUGGUACCAUCCUGCCGACUCGGAGGAAUCUGCUGCCCAAUCGAGGGUCAUCUACUACUCGGAGGGCCCGCCCCCCGGAGAGGCCAGCUGCCCCCCUGCCUGUGGCCCCCAGUGGCAGGGCUCCCAGGAGCAGCCACAUGGCACCUCUCCUGCCGUCUUCUUCCCCAACUCCCCCUGGCGUUGUGGGGUCCCCUGCUUAUGCGGCUGUUCCUGCACCCAGGCCUUCUUCCCUGGGGCCAGCUGGGAGACCAGCAGGAGCUGUGCUCUGCCACUCCUGGGUCUCUGAAAUCACUGAGGUUGGGGCUUUCUGAGCUGGGUUUCCCCCCAGGAGUGAGGAGAGUUCUUGUUCCAGGAGCUCUAAAAACGACGCUGCCUUUUCUGCUCUGCUUCCUGGACUGGCUCAUACAUGAACGUGUCUUCUUCGCCCAUCAAAGGCCCCCUCCUCCUUUGGUCCAUCUCCCCUCCUCACUACCCGUCCCAGCUUGUCCAGCCAGCUCUCCUGGAACUGUUCUGAUCUCAGAGGCUUGGUCUCAUUUCUUACCUGGACAGAUGAGUCCUGGGAGAGCUCCUAAGAGCUGUGCCCAGACCCCUCUCCUGCCCCAGCACACAGGGAGCAGUAGGCAUGAAUCUCGGGUCUGGGAACAAAGCUUUAACCUAAAAGGCACAAUGGCCUAAGGCAGGCUGCUUCCCUAGAGAGAUCAGACCCCAGCCAGGAGCAAUGACUGACGGGUUACAGCCUUCCCAGGGCCAUGGGGCCGGAACAUAGUGUCUGCCUUGCUUCCUGAGACAGUAACUGAGCAACGGCCACAAAGAGGUCUCCUGGGAAUCUUGUCUGCCCUGCCCACCUGCUUUCGGCCCACCCCAUCGCAGUGAAUCAUAAGACAGACCUGGUGUCCACCACGGUCAAGGCCUGAGGAUUGGGGGCCAAGCAGGGCCUGCUCCUGCCCUCUUCCCGGCUGCAGACACCACCCUCCAGCUGACCACCAGUUCCCUGCACACAGCUGGGAGGUUUCCCAGCAGCAGUAGGGCUCUCUGACAGGGUGUCCUCACCACCGGGCCUCGGACAGCGCCCCUAGAUGGGAGCCAGGAUUGAGCAACGGAGAAGCCAGCUCCCUGCCUCUGUCACCAUCACCGUCCUCCAGGCACGUGGACUCGUUGGGUGCACAGUGUGGAGGACCAUGUUCCCACGUGAUGGCGCCCAGAGGGGAAUCCUCUUGGGAUUCGGCACCAGACGUUUUUGCUGCCUGGUUUGCAUCCGGCUCACAGAGCCCAGACUGUUGGGACAGCCAAGGGCUGUCAGGCUGGACAAAAAUAACUGCGAGGAGGGGUGAGAGGAAGGACAGUGAGAGGUGACUCGGCCCUUCAAGGUCACACAGUGGGUCUAGGGCCUGAGAGUCUAUUCACCCAGGAUUCUACGCAGCUGGCUCUGCUCAGAGGCCAUUUCAUCACACAUCUCCAGCACGGCCACUUUUCCCCUAACAGAGGGAACAAGUGGCCCAGCGACCAUUCCCGGUGGAACAGCAGAGACCGGACAAAACAGGGGCAGACCCAGGACUGACUUUCAGCUGGACCAGUGUUGCCAGACCUGUUAUUAACAUGCAGAAACACUUCUCUGCUCGUUGACGAAUGCCUGCUUUCCUUGAGUGUCUCCAAGGGCCCCCCACUCCAGGCUUUUCCCUAGGACCCUGUGCUGGUUAAUGCCUGGCAGACCCAAGGGCGUGGGGUCCUCCAGCUGGCAAUUCGUUGGUGCUUAUUCCAAACCAGUUAUUAAAUACUUCCAAUGCCACCUCUGGGAAGAUUCUCCCACCCCCACCCUUUGAUGGAACUACCCUCCCCGGAGGCUAAAUUGAGGAGACUCCAUGGGCUCACAAGUAGAGUUUGCAACCCUGGGGAAAAAGGGACCUUUCAGAGAAGUGGGUAAGAGGGCAGAGAUCAUUUAAAUGACCCAGAAAGCUCUUUUGAAAAGGCAAAUUCCUCAAGGAGGCAUAAAGAGCUAAACUAAUUCUUUCACUCCUCAGUGUGAGUUAGUUCUCUCAGAUUGCUGGCCUCCUGGACCCAUCUGAGAUGGAUGCAGCGAGGAGAGAGGGCGUCACUUCAGGGAGUGGGUCACUGGCCAGGAGUGCUCCUGAGGGAGACAGAGAUGGAGAGGGAGGGCAGGGCGGUCA